CACUCACCAUUACCACCACCACCAACACCAACACCACCACCACAUCCCGUCAUCGCGCCAUCCAACCGCGCUCCAUCAUGCCACUACCCACCUCGAAGAAGAAUGCGGGUUUGGGGCACGCCAUAGCCAAUCGACGAGCCAAAGAAUCUUCUCAACGCAACGCAUCCGCCUUUCACACGACCGAUUUCAAUCGAGGAUUGCAGAGCGUCACGCAUCAAGGCGAUUUGGAAGAGUUCAUCGCCACGGCUCAACUAGCCGAGAGCGAUUUCACUGCAGAGAGGAGAAAUGUGACGGUGGUCAGUGCGCCUGCUGCUGAUGGGAUGAGAGGGGGAGGAGUCAAUGCUAGAGGUUGGAAUCCCUUCUUGUUGGAUGGAAGAGAGGAAAGGGAAUCGUUGGAGAGGCAGAGGAGGAACAAGGAAGCGCUUAGAGUGCCUAGAAGACCUCGAUGGGACAGCAAGACGACGCCAUCUCAGCUGCAACGCUUAGAAGCCGAAGCUUUUUUAGAUUGGAGAAGAUCUCUAGCUCAACUGACAGAUUCGGGCGGAUUCGUACUGACGCCAUUCGAGCGCAAUCUGGAAGUGUGGAGACAAUUGUGGAGAGUUGUGGAGCGCAGUCACUUGGUCGUUCAGAUCGUGGAUGCUAGAAACCCGCUGAGGUUUAGGUGCGAAGAUUUGGAAAAGUAUGUGGAGGACAUUCCUGCUAGAGUUGGUUCCUCGCCCGCUGACGACGAGGAGAAGGGGGAGGAUGAGGGUUUGAAAGAGCGCAAAAAAGGUCCGAGAAGGAACCUCCUGCUCAUCAACAAGGCCGACCUGCUCGAUCAAUCCCAAAGACGCAUUUGGGCCAAAUACUUCGAAGAGAACGGCAUCAGGUACGCCUUUUUCAGCGCGGCUAAUGCGGCUGCUGUUCAGCAAGAACGGUUGGAGAGGGAAAUGCAAGAGGAACACGAGAGGUUGUUGAAGGAGGAAGCGCAAGAGGCUGCUCUGCGAGAGGGAGGUCUGGAUGUGGAUGAAGAGGAGCAAGAGGAGGAUGCGGAGGACCAGCAGCAAGAAGAUGAGGAUGCGCAGCAGGCAACAGCAGCGAAGGGACACUCCGCUGCAAAGCAUUUGGAGGCGCGAGUGAAUGCGAGGGCGGAUACUCAACAGGCUCGUCUAGGUGCUCAAGUCCGCGAGACGGCAGCAGCGGCAGCAGCGGCAGCUUCCGCCCUUGAUCAAGCCGCACAAGAUGUUGACUCCACUUUGUCUGACGACGCGCAUGAUCAUAGCGAUCCCACGCGCGUUCUCAAUGUGCUGGAGCUCGAAGAGCUCUUCAGGCUGAGCGCACCUCCUCUUGACGACUUUGCAACGGCCGAGCAAGGGGCGCCUAGCAAAUUGGUGGUAGGACUGGUAGGUUACCCGAACGUGGGCAAAUCCAGCACGAUCAAUGCCUUGCUAGGAGAGAAGAAAGUCUCCGUCUCCUCCACUCCUGGACACACCAAACAUUUCCAAACGAUCAAUCUGAGCGACAAUACGGUGCUUUGCGACUGUCCCGGUUUGGUCUUUCCGCAAUUUGCUACGACGCCGGCGGAUUUGGUUUGUGAUGGAGUGCUACCCAUCGAUCAGAUGAGAGAAUACACGGCUCCCGCUGAAUUGAUCGCGAGGAGGAUACCGAAGGAUAUCUUGCAGGGCACUUAUAGUAUUAGGAUCGAGAUGCAGCUUCGGGAAGAAGGAGGUUCGGGUCAACCUACCGGGUUGGAGUUGCUGACUUCUUAUGCUGUCGCCAGAGGUUUCGUACGUCAGGGUCAAGGCAAUCCGGACGAAUCACGCGCAGCACGUUACAUCUUCAAGGAUUACGUCAAUGCUCGAUUGCUGUACGCGCACGCACCACCAGGUGUGGAUGGAGAUGUGUUCAACUCUACGCAGCGAGAAGCUUGUAGAGCUGCGCUUCGUGUGAAAAGGUAUGCGCCGGCCCUUUCGUUGGCUGAAGCGGAAGAGCAUCAAGAGCAACCCACUGGCGCGGGCGCUGGUGCGGAUGGAAAGGAGACAUCAAGAGCUGCACGAGCAAAGAAUGAUGCGAUCUCCUUGGCGGCGCGCAAACAACAACAAGGAUCCAAAUCUUCCGCGCUAGAUUCUUCCUUUUUCAAAAGCAGCAUGUUCUCGAACCAUGGCCCAUCCGGAUCUGGUGCGGCGGGGCACUACACGACGAAAGGAAGAAGCGGAAAUGCUUCGGCUGCGCUGAGGGGCAAAAGCAUCAAUGAUGAUGGCACGCCAGUGACGCAGGAGCAGUUGCAGAGGGAAAUGGAGUUGAUGAGCACUACCAGCUUUGCGUCGGGCAAUGGUGCUGGCAAAAAACACUUCAAGGCUAAUAAGAGGAAUAAACAGAGGAGCGGUCAAGGAUUCGCUUAGCAACUUUGACAUUGGGCUGCUAUUCGCCCCCCCUUGGCACCAAUUUUCUACUCUGACAAUGCCAUACCAUGCUAUUGCAGACAUUUUGCACGUCCCAGGUCCACUCUUGCCCCGGUCGUGUCCCCUCGUGAAUUUAGCCACACGACACUGUAAGCUUGCCGAAUGCCGCAAAUCAGAAUCACGCGAGGAACGCUCGAUCGUAAUACCACGAGCCAAGCACACACACGCACAAACGCGCGCGCACAAGAAUCCGAUCGAGCCGCGUGCGAAUAUCUCUCACACAGGAAAUAUUCUCAUUUCAUUUAUUCAAAGAAGCGUAUCGCGCGGAACGGACAGGAAACG